GGCCGGGCGGGCUAGAGAAAGCGAGGCGGGCGGGCCAAACCAAGUGUCCCUUGAAACGCGUCCGCCACGCAGCCUGUCUCGGCCACCCCGGAGGGAUGGUGAGGUGCGGGGUGGCUCCUCCGGCGGACGUUGCCCGACUGGCCUGUUAAGGUGCGGCUGGGAGGCUCACCUGCAAAGCGGGCGGGCGGGCGCCUGAAGGUCGGCCCCGGGCUCUUUCCGCCGGAGCUGGCAGCAGCAGCAGCAGCAGCCUGUUGCAUUGGCAGCGGGAGUUCCCCGGGGACUGGAGCCGGCUACCUGCGCUCUCCGCCCCGCAGGGACACUCGCCGCGGCUCCCCCUGCAGGCGCGGGCCCUAGGGCGGAGGGAGCCUCGCAGAUUCCCGCCCGGAGCCGCGCCGCCAGCGCCCCGGGCACUUCCCAGCCUCGCACGUGGUCGCAGCCCAGGUGAGCCGAGCCGAGCCGGAGCGGGGAGCUGCUGCCUCCUGCCCCGGCGGCGGUGGCCGGGCGCCGGGAGAAGAUGGCUGACAGCACCGCGGCCACGGGCUCCUGGUGGAAAGCGCUGACCAGCAGCAAGAAAAAAACCAAAGAGGGGCCGGUGGCCGGAGCGCCCCCGCCCCCGGCUGAGCCCGCCCUGCCGCCGGCGCCCCCCGGCCCGGACUCUCGGGAGAACCAGCAGCCCAACUUCAGCAGCAGCGAGCCCAAGUUCGGCGAGAAGCCCGGCGGCGGCGGCGGCGGCAGCAGCCGCAGGAACCUGAAGAUCUCCCGCUCCGGCCGCUUCAAGGAGAAGCGCAAGGUGCGAGCCCCUCUGCUGGCCGAGAGCCCCAAGCUGUUCGAGGGCAGCGCGCCCAGCCACGCCAGCGAGGAGAGGCAAUAGCUGGGGCUGUUCGCAGCCGUACAGCCUCCGUCUGAGCGAGACUGGCCCCUGCAGCCAGUCCCCCAGCUCUCGCUCCUCCACCACCCAAGGAGCCGUGACUCCGCGUGGGCUAGAGGAGGAGACACCUGCUGCUUCGGAAACGCCUCGGGUGCCUCUCGUCGCUAGGAGGAGGCCUUCUCUCCCCAGGGGGCGCGGUGAGCCCGCCGUAACCAGGGCAGGGAUGAACCUCUUCUCUUGUUCGGAUUCCGAAUUUUGGAAACAAAAAUAAUCCCAGCGCCCUGUGUCUCUGUUCCUGGCUGCUGCACUUUGGACUGGAAUAUCACCCUCGCUGGCUGGAGCUGACCAGCGCUGCCCUGCUGCUUAUUUUAGGGGGUAGGGCGGGUACCUUUCUUGAUCAAAAAUAGCUCAAGCAAACGGGGAUGAGUUUUAAUAAUGAAAUAAAGCGGAAAUGUAAAUGCA